AUGUGCAACGUCACGAACCACACCCACCUCGAGUCUAUAAAUCAUGCCACGCUGGCGAAAAACAUCCGGACCGACGCCCAAGGUCGUGCGCGCUACAGCAGUUCGAUGCACCUCCCGGCAUACGAUGACGACAGGGGGAUCCUGAGGUUCCUGGGCCUCACCGACGAGAUGAUCGAGGUGGUGGUUGGCAGGCUCGGCGCCGUCGCUGGUGUCGAAGGGGGGAGGGACAGCCCGGGAGGGACCGAGUUGGAUGUUGGUCGUUUUGCGGCUCUCGAUGAGCUCUUGUCAAUCUAUCUCGGCAGACCAGCAGACAUAGCGCACGGCCUGACGCCUGAACUGGCGGCAUCCUGCGGACGGAUCGAGGUCUCUCCGUUUUUCACGCGCCAAACCCCCGGCACGUCGCCCUUCUUUGCGGACCGCAUAUUUUCGGACCACAACAAGAUACGGCAAGACGCGGACAGGCUGGUCAAGAAGAACGCCGCGCUGCUCAAGGACCUUUGGCUGCAACAGCAGCGGGCUUGCGAGGUUGAUGCGUGCGGGGGAGAUGUAGCGAUCAGGAUGUGA